AUGCCUUUUGACGGUGUCCAGGGCCUCGCUAUGGCCCAAGGACCCCCCAAUAUCGACAACGCCCCCCUAGACCCAGGGGGGCAGGCGCUAGGCCCGGUGAACCCCGAGGGUGCCCAUAUAGGCACCCCAGUGGGGACAGCACUGCCAGCGCCCCCCGAGGCCAGUAUAAUGGUCCCCCAGAGCGAGGGCUUCACGCCUAACCUAGAAAUCGAACCUAGGGAACUGUUCCCCCCCCUAUACCCCCAGGAAGCCCCCAAAGCUCCGGGGAAGAGGCGACGGGACUAUAGCCCUGAUAGAGCUGAUAGAGCCCCUAUAAAGGCCCUACUCGGCCUAGCCUAUAAGGACAUGGAACAGGCCUUAUUAGAUCACUUUAUAAGCAGUAAUAGCGCGCUACACGCGGAGAUGGCCGCUAUGAAGGCCUAUAUGACCUCUCUGGUAGAGGCUAUGGAGCAGUGUCUCAUAGGCCAAUUGGGCGCUCUGGAGCGCCGUUUCUCAACUCUAGAAGCUUAA